UUUUGUUUGCUGUUCAUGCGUGAUAAAAUUGUAAAUAUUCGUUUUUUAAUUAUAAGACAUGGAUUCCAACGAUGUUUUGGAAGACAAAGACAGUGGGCCGGAGGUGCAGCUAAAUUUGCCAGGCUCAGUAAUCAGCCGGAUCGAAGAAUUAAUGGGUGGAACUGAGCAGUUUGAUAGUGAAGAGUUCGACGCAGUAGCGUACAUAAACCGAGUGUUCCCGACGGAACAGUCACUAUCUGGUGUGGAAUCAGCAGCAGCGCGAUGCGAAUUUCGUUUGGCGAGUGUACAGCACGACAUACGAAGACUAGUGCGCGCUCAGCAUGAUCAACGGGUUGCAGGUCAUCAGGCGUUAUUAGAUGCGCAACAUAGUAUAGCUGAACUAGCAUUGCAGGUAGCAGAUAUAAACAAAAAGGCUGAACGUAGUGAAAGUAUGGUCCGGGAGAUUACAGCGGAGAUCAAACAGCUGGAUUGUGCCAAGUGGAACCUCACAGCUGCCAUCACAGCCCUGAACCACCUGCAUAUGCUAGCGGGUGGUGCAGCUUCGUUGAGGACACUGGCUCAAAAAAGACAGUAUAAGGAAUUAGUAUUGCCAUUGCAGGCUAUAAUGGAGGUUCUGGAGCAGCUGGAAAUGUAUCGUGACAUUAAAGAAUUGAACGCACUGCGCGACGAAGUGCACGCCAUACGUGCCCAACUCGCGCAGCAGAUAUUAGCUGAUUUCAAGGAAGCACUUACAGGUGGUGGCAAAACCACGAUAUCGCCUCGCACGCUGAGCGAGGCGUGUGCGGUGGUGGACGCGCUGGAGCCGCACGUGAAGCAGGAGCUGAUCAAGUGGCUCAUCUCCAUGCAAUUGCAGGAGUACGAGCACCUGUUCUCGGGCGAGCAGGAGGAGGCGUGGGUGUCGCACGUGGAGCGGCGCUACGCGUGGCUCAAGAAGCACCUGCUGCGGUUCGAGGACUCGCUGGCGCAAGCGCUGCCGGCCGCCUGGAGGCUCAGCGAGCGCAUCGCACACCGGUUCUGCAAGAUAACCCGAAAAGCUCUCAGCGAGAUAAUGCAGGCGAGACGAAGCGAAGUCGACGUGAAACUUCUCCUGUACGCGAUACAGAAGACUUACAACUUCGAGCUCUUGCUACACAAGAGAUUCGUCGGUACGGAGCUAGGGGCGGAGGGCGUCGAGGGCGGAGUCAAGCCGUUGGUGUUUGAUGACGAUGACAAAGAGGUCGAAACGGAUGACAACACUGUCAACACGAAAGGCUCCCCGUGGGUGGGUCUGAUAGGAGCCUGCUUCGAGCCCCACCUGUCUCUGUACAUCACGAGUCUGGACACGAACUUGAGAGCCCUCAUGGAUAGAUUCAUACAGGACGCGAAGUCGGCCGACCCGGGCGCGUGCAGCGGCGCGGGCGGCAGCGGCGCCGGCGCCGUCAUGUCCAGUUGUGCCGACCUCUUCCUCUUCUACAAGAAGUGCCUCGCGCAGUGCGCCACGCUCUCCACCGGGGAACCGAUGCGAGAACUGGCGGGCGUGUUCGGCAAGUACCUGCGCGAGUACGCGGGCGGCGUGCUGCAGGCCGCCCUCCCGCGCGCCGCGGCCCCCGCGCUCGCCGUGCCCUCGCUCGUCACCAACCUGCAGGGCCUGCUGAGGGACGACGCGCCCAGGUACACGAGACAAGAGAUAGCCAAGAUCACGAGCGUGAUAACGACGUCCGAGUAUUGUCUCGAAACGACCAUCCACCUCGAACAGAAGCUGAAAGAGAAGAUCUCACCCAAUCUAGCUGAUAAAAUAGACCUCGCGCCAGAACAAGAUCUCUUCCAUAAAAUGAUCAGCAAUUGCAUCCAACUCCUCGUCCAGGAUCUCGAGAUGGCCUGCGAACCAGCCCUCCAAGCUAUGACCAAGAUAUCUUGGCUCCAUUUCGACAACGUUGGUGACCAGAGCUCAUACGUCACUCAAAUCAUCAUGCACCUUAAAAACACAGUUCCAAAUCUUCGAGACAACUUGGCUUCGUCUAGAAAAUAUUUCACCCAGUUCUGUAUAAGAUUUGCAAAUUCCUUCAUACCGAAAUUUAUCCAAAAUAUUUACAAGUGCAAGCCAAUAUCGACCGUAGGUUCUGAGCAAUUAUUGCUAGAUACCCAUAUGCUCAAGACGGCGUUACUGGAGCUGCCCUCGAUCGGCUCCGACGUGAAACGCCAAGCGCCAACGACAUAUACGAAAGUCGUUAUUAAGCUGAUGACGAAGGCUGAAAUGAUUUUGAAGCUGGUGAUGGCACCAUUGGAUGGGAAUCUGGAGGGUUUUGUUGCGCAGUUUGUCCAACUUCUACCAGAGAGUACGUUGGCAGAGUUCCAUAAAGUUCUAGAUAUGAAAGGCGCCAAAAUGUCUAAGACACAGUUGGCCUCCUUGGACGCAUUGUUCAAAGAUAUCACCAAGAACAUGCAUAAUGAUAACAAAUGAAAU